CCGUUUAAAAAAAAACAACAAAAGCAACGGUCUUUGUCGUGUUUCGCGUGAUUGAUUUUUUACAUUGAUAUUUAACUGAAAAUGUGUAUCGAAGUGUGAGUUUUCGAUAUAUUUCUAGGAAGAUAUUCUAAUAAAUAGUUUUCUAGUGUACUUGUAUUGUUAGUGCGACCAACACAUUACUCAACAUGAAGGAUCCUUUUGUUAAGGAUUCGGUUAUCGAUUCGCCGGCUAGGGAGAGUCUCAGAAAUGUAGAAGGCUGCUACAAUAAGAAUAUAUUCAAGACUAGUUCUUUCGCGAACUCUCGACGUGCGUUACAGUCUGGUGCAGACAAAAUAUCAAGAACAUUUCGAAGUGUAAGAAACACCUUCGGGAAUCUGUCACAGCAUUUCAGAUUGGGAGGCAGACGUCGUCACCGGCUGACAGAGCCUGUGUCUCCGUGCAGGGCACCAACCACACCCGUCAUGAAGAAGAAGCAGAUACUAGGUAGGAGUCCUACAAAGCUGUACAGCCCGUUUGGCAUUGAGACACCUCACAGCCGGGACUUCAGGAUGUCGCCAUACAUGCCUGACACACCGGACCAUGGUUUAUCACCGAAGCGGCGCAAGGGCGUCACCCACUCGUGGCAUAUCUUGGCCAAGAAGAGACCUCGAGCGCUCUUCCAUUAAAUAUCUUACUACAUAACAUGUAUUAACUCAACGCACAAAUGUAUCCCACCGCUUAAUGUAAGACAAGCUUCUAAGGCCCUUGGAGAUUGCUUAAUGUGAUGCAAAUUAAGUAAUGGAUUCUCAGUUGCUCUAUAUAUUGUAACUAACAAUAAAAAUAUCUGGGGAACUUUAAAAUAAGGAUCUAUUUGUCCUUAUCUUGGGCAGCUAUCUCCUAUUCAAAGCUAUAGCUUUGAAACAAUAUUCAAACUACUUACCAUGAAGAACUUUCACAUUCAGAAAAUUAUUUUCGAUGCUCAUCUAAGUAUAAAAGUUGUAAUUGACUUUUGCAUUAAACAAUCUCUUGGCGCCUAUCGAUAUUUUGUAUGCAAUUGGUGCUAUAUACAUAGUAUAUUCUUAUUAUUGUAUUACAUACGCGAUUGGCUUGUACCCGUCGAAAUAACUUGUAUUCGUGGCAAGUUACUGACAAUAGUACAUAAAACUCGUUUAAUACUGAGGCUUAUAUAUUUUGUAAUUCGACUGAGAAAAAAAAGAAUAAAACAAAAAACUUACUCAACUAAAAAACUAAAAUUGUAUGUAACUUUCCCAAUAAAAUAUGUAGGUAUUUUUAAGAGUUUAUCACUACACGAUUCAUUUGAAUUUAGUUGUAGGGCAACUAUUCGGUGAUUUUAAUAUGUACUUACACCCAAUUGUAUUUAGGAAACGAGUAUUAUCGCAUAUUCAGUAUUAUAAUGCCAAAUUAUAUAGCUUACAGUACAAUUCGUGUGGUUAACGGACGAAUGGGGUAGCGAAACAAAGUGACUAAAUAACAUGGGUGCGAAAGAAAUUGCAUUAAAAAAUAUAUAAUGAAAUGGUUAGAAUAGUAUUGUGCCUUUUUUGUAUGAGUUUAGGCCCACUAUUGAUAUUUUCUCAAUUUUAAGUGUUGCUCAAAUAUCACUCUGUCACUUACUUAUAUUAUUACUACGGCAGAAAGUCUUCAAGUUAAGUAAUUUUUCGGUAUUUCGGGGUAAAUCGCUGUACCUGAUUUUGUUUGGUAAAAUGGUAUACUUCAGAAAAAGAUUGCUUUGAAUGUAUAAGCAUUAUGUAAAAUCUUAGAACUAUCAAUAUUCUUUACAUUACUAACUAGUUUAGAUAUUAAAGAAGUUAUUUGAUAGUUAGCUGGACUACUUUGAAACUGUUUUGCAAAAGUCCAUUGCUGAGCAUGGGACAGUGCUACCCCAUUUCGAGUCUAACCACGUAAGUUUUUUACACGCUUCGCAAAGACAAUAUUGUAGUCGCCUAUUUAUAUUUAUACCUAGAUUAAGACUGUGUUUUUUUUCUCCAAGCGUCUCAGUAGUAUUUAUUGUCGAAUACAGUCAGCGUCACGAAAGAGAGUGAUUUUUGGAAAAUUAUAUGAAAAGUAUUAGUAGUUUGCAACUUUUUGACAAGUGUUUAAUGACGUUGGCUGUACUGUUAAGACUGAUUGUCUUCUAGUUGUAUAUUUUAUUACUUUUAGUUUCUUAUUCGAGGCUCAAACGUACCUAUUUUUAGUACAAUGGUAUCUAGUAUUAUUUUUAAUGUAUUUUCAUUUGUAUGUAAUGCAUUGCAGUGUCGAUUUAAUUAAAUUUGGUUUUCUACAAAA